AUGGAGACGUUUGCAAAUGAGUUUCCUCCUUUACCAGAUUCAUCAGAUGAAGAGUUCUCAACAGAUGACGAAAUUAUAAGAAAAAGCCGACCAAUGAUGGAUAUUGGCAUUGACUACGAUAAAUAUCUGCAAGGAAAAGACGACGACAUGGAAACUUUCUUGAACGAGCAAGAGUUCUUCGAUACCGCUGAAGAAAUAAAAAAUAUGCAGAGCGACACUCUCGCACCAUCCGCUGGAAUCAUGGGAAAAAGCUUUCAUCCAACAGCUGAUGACAUUUUGAACCCUCUUCUGGAUGAUUUCAAGCAGCGCACGCAGCAAAACAAUACCUGCGCUUCUAUAUCUGCAUCAAUUAUCUAUAUUUGCAUCACCUCCUUGUUGAUUUUGUACAUGAUCUACGGUCUACGAACGUUCUGGGCGGAUGAAAACUACUCUGGAUUUUUGAUGACUUCUUGGUUCGUCCAACUCCUUUUCUCCGUCUUCAUCUCUUCUUAUUUCAUCGCGAAGAUCGAGUUCGACCAGUACAUCAGAAACCUGGAAGACCUCUACGAAGACCUCGAGUACGACCGCUCCAUGGACUACCGAGAAAACGACGAACAAAGGCCGAAGUCGAAGGCAAGUCCAGAACCGGAAUCGGAGGCGGAAAGAAUUCCAACUCCAGAAAUAUCGAAGAACGAUCGUACCAACAUUCUCGGAGAGUACGUCGACUACGAACAAGAGGCGAAGAAGGACAUGAGCAAGUACGAGAUCCUUGCCAAGCUUGAGAAAUAUGCCGAAUAA